AUGAAAUCUCAAGUCCAAGACAGGUUCCAUGACUUCUAUCACACCUGGUUCUGCAAGCUCGAAGAAAUCCUCCACCACCUUCUUCAACUUUCCACUCUCAGAACCCAAAUGCUGCCUCUCAAAGAACACGACGUUAACGUUCAGCAUUUGGUGAACACAGCCACCACUCAUAUCAAGCAAUAUUAUACCGUGAAAUGGGCUGAAGCUCGUGAAGAUGUUCUUCCCUUCUUCGCUCCCACUUGGCUCACUCCUCUCGAGAAUGCCUCCUCUUGGAUCACCGGAUGGAAGCCUUCCAUGGUUUUCCGGCUGGUUCGGAGUCUCGCGACGGCGUCGUUUGGUAUGAGCGAGGAGCAGGCUAGGAAGAUAGAGGAGCUUAGGAUGAGGAUGAGGAUGGAGGAGGAGAAGGUGGAGAGGGAGAUGGAGAGGUUGCAGGUGGCUAUGGCAGACCAUAAGAUGGUCGAGCUGGCGAAGCUCUCGAGCAGGGCGGAGGGCGUGGCGGUGAAGGGAGUGUUGGAUGGGUUGGAAAGGGCAAUGAAGGGGGCGGAUUGCGUGAGGCUGAAGACACUGAAAGGAGUGCUGGAUUUGCUGACGCCAUUGCAGUGUGUGGAGUUCUUGGCUGCGGUUCUUGCCCUGCAACUUCGUCUAAGACAAUGGGGGAAGAAGGAGACAGGCAUGCUUCAUGUCCCCAGGUUGAAUGAGCGACGGCCAGUUACAAAUUGA